AUGUUUUUCCGGGGAAGUCGAAACUUUGUACGGUUUGCAUCAAGUAAUCUCGCCGCCUCUUUGGUACAGCCGCGCCAGGUGCUAAAUCUGGCGGAUCAGAAAUUAAAUCUGAAUAUUACACAGAGGGCUGCGAAUAAGUUGAGCGAUAUAUAUGACUCGUCAAAGGAGUACCUCUCCAUUGACGUCGAGAGUGGCGGGUGCCAUGGAUAUCAGUAUAAUUUACACUUGAAGAAAGAGGUACCCACAUCCAAAGCUGUAACGGAGGCAGAAGAUGACGAGUUUGGAGGCCGCGCCCAGGACAGUAUAGUAUACCUGUUGAACCCCAAGGGAAAAGUCAUGAUAGACCCGCAGUCUCUCAAGAUACUCAACAAUUCCACGUUAAACUAUACCACUGAGCUUAUCGGGUCGAGUUUCAAAAUUGAAAGUGCCGCUUUGAAGAGUAAAUGUGGGUGUGGUACUAGUUUUGACGUAGAGGGAGACUCGGAGAAAAGUUAG